AUGCUCCCAGAUCUGGUGGACGCUGUGAACAUCACCAGUCACAUUCAGCACAUCCACGGCACAUAUGGACAGUCGGCUCUCCUCUCAGUGCAGUACAGCAGCUCGAGCAGCGACAAACCUGUGGUAAAAUGGCAGCUGAACAGAGAGAAACCUAUCACUGUGGUGCAGUCAGUGGGCGCAGACAUCAUAGGGAACCUACGUGCAGACUACAAGGAUCGGAUACAUGUUUUUGAGAAUGGCUCUCUGCUAAUCAGUAACCUCCUUCUGUCCGAUGAGGGGACCUACGGGGUGGAGGUCUCCAUCACCGAUGAUACGUUUACAGGAGAAAAGACCAUCAACCUCACUGUGGACGUUCCAAUAUCCAAGCCCCGUGUCACGGUCCCGUCAUCCACUGUCCUGGAGCUCGCAGAGAACUUCACGCUGAGCUGCAUCCAUGAUAAUGGCACAAAGCCCCUCUACACCUGGCUGAAGGGGGGAAAGACCCUGGCCAAUGACUCCAGGAUACUACUCUCCCCCGACCACCGAGUGAUGACCAUCUCCAGGGUCACCAUGGCCGAUGAUGACAUCUACAUUUGCUUGGUGGGAAAUCCCAUCAGCAGUGGACGCAGCACUCCAUUUAAGCUCACUGUCUACAGAAGAAGCUCUUUGUACAUCGUCCUGUCUAUGGGAGGAAUAUUUUUACUGGUUACCUUGGUAACAGUCUGCGCUUGCUGGAAACCAUCCAGAAAGUACGUGACAGUCAUCAGUAUUUUGACUUUCUUCCUCUUCCUCAUCUGUGUCUGUCUAAGUUUCAUCUUCUAUAAUGUGAUAACAAAAAGGAGUUUAUAG